UACUUCUAUUCCUUCUUUUUUACCAAAUAAAAUCAAGGCAGGGUUAUUUUCCUUUUCUUUUUUCAUGCUUUCCAUUUUUCCAAUGCUGACUGGGCUUUUCUUCUCCUUUAAUUGCUCCUGCGUACUGAGGUGAUCUUGGAAACAGAAGAUCAAGAUGAUUUUUGCAUAUCUCUACAAGGGUUACACCGAAGGCUCUGCCUAAAACAUGACUUGAAGAAGGUAGAGAGAGCGAAAAGAACACACCAAGGUGGAGGUAACAGCUUCAGAACCACAAGACGAUGGGCGAAGUCAAGAUUUCACUUAAAAACAGAGAUAUGGGCAUGGCAAACCCAACAUUUGAGCCUUCGGAAUCAGAGACAAAUGGAGUGGAGGAAGUCAAGAUUCCACCUAAAAACGGAGAUAUGGGCAUGGCAAACCCGACAUUUGAGCCUUCGGAAUCAGAAACAAAUGGAGUGGAGGAAGUCAAGAUUCCACCUAAAAACGGAGAUAGUGUUGAAUCGGAGACAAAUAAAAAUGAAGCACCAUCUCUUGAGUUUGGGGAAGAAAAUCCUGUCCAGGACCGUCGCUUUGGGAGCAGGUUCAAGAACGUGACUCAACCUUUCUCGAAAGCGAAGAGAUUUUGCAAGGCUCAUCGUGAAUUACUCCACAAGGUCUUCUUAGGCAUCUUAUGUCUAGGCUACCUGGCCUACUUCAUUGCUGCUUGUUACCUGGACUACCAUCGCGCUUUGGCGCUGAUCAUUCUAACAAGCUUGGCUGUUGCUUUCCUGGCUUAUAGCAUAGUCAAAAACUGUUUGGGAGCCAAGAUUAUCCAGAUGUUGAGUCCCUGCAGGAAAUGCUGUCAGAAGGCCUGGCCGUGGCUGAAAUGGGUUUUGUGUGCCAUUCUUCUAAUUGCUUUGAUCACCUGGCUGGUUCUGGACAUGUCCCAGAGGAAAGAGCAGCUGGUCUCAUUGGGUGGCUUCUGUGUGCUCGUCUUCUUGUUAUUUCUCUUCUCCAAGCAUCACAUGGCUGUAUCCUGGAGAGCUGUGUUGUGGGGCCUUGGUCUACAGUUCGCCCUCGGACUCUUCAUCAUCCGAACUGAACCUGGAUUUCAGGCUUUCGAAUGGCUGGGCCAUCAGAUUCAGACAUUCCUCAACUACACGACGGCAGGAUCCAGCUUCGUCUUUGGGGAGAAACUGAUUCAAGAAAGUUUUGCCUUUCAGGCCCUGCCUGUUAUCAUCUUCUUCAGUUGUGUUAUGUCCGUCCUCUACUACUUGGGAGUCAUGCAGUUUAUAAUCCUGAAGUUGUCUUGGCUCCUGCAAAUCACAAUGGGCACAGCGGCCACCGAAUCUCUGAGUGUGGUGGGGAAUAUAUUUGUGGGGAUGAGCGAAGCGCCCCUGCUCAUCCGCCCCUACCUGGGGGACAUGACACUCUCAGAAAUCCAUGCUGUGAUGACCGGUGGCUUUGCUACUGUUGCUGGUAGUGUGAUGGGUGCAUACAUUUCAUUUGGGAUUGAUGCCUCGUCUCUGAUUGCAGCCUCAGUAAUGGCAGCACCUUGUGCUUUAGCUAUGUCCAAACUUGUCUAUCCAGAAGUGGAACAGUCCCAAUUCAAAAGCCAGGAAGGCAUCAAAAUUGCCUGCGGGGAGGAAAAGAAUAUUCUGGAAGCUGCUGGUAACGGUGCCUCUCUCUCUGUGGGACUGGUGGUCAACAUUGCAGCCAACCUCAUUGCCUUUCUGCCUGUGCUGGCCUUCAUCGACGCUGUCCUCAGUUGGCUAGGAGGCAUGGUUAACUUGCCCCAACUCUCCUUCCAGCUGAUCUGCUCAUACGUCCUGAUGCCUUUAGCCUUCUUGUUAGGGGCCAGCUGGGAAGAGGCCUCCCUGGUCGCUGAGAUGCUGGGAGUCAAGUUCUUCUUAAAUGAAUUUGUGGCCUACCAGCAUUUGUCGAUCUACAAAAAGAAUCGUCUGACGGGUCUUCCCGAGUGGGAUGGUUCUCAAAAGCAGUGGAUUUCGCCCAGAGCCGAAACCAUUGUAACUUUUGCCCUGUGCGGAUUUGCCAACCUGAGCUCUAUUGGGAUCAUGCUGGGUGGCUUGACUUCGAUGGCACCACAACGCAAGGGUGAAUUUUCCAGCAUCGUUGUACGAGCUUUGCUUACCGGGGCCUGCGUCUCUCUAAUCAACGCCUGCAUCGCAGGAAUCCUUUAUGUGCCCAGAGAAGUCCCCGACUGUUUAGACUUCUUCAGCAGUACCACCAUCAACUCUACCAGCUACUCUCUCCAUGAAUGCUGUAAAGAUUUGUUCAGCAGUGCCUUACCCAGUUUUAAUGGAUCUCUCUCCUUCGGUGGCAUCUGGGAGACGCUACACGCCAACACAACGCAGGGCUAUCUCCAGGAAUGCUGCGGUCAUUAUAGCUCCCCCGUAUGUCCCAAGCCUUAACGGAUGAAGAACGAGAUGGCGGAGCACAAGAGAGCACAUUGGAUGGAUACGUAGAGGAUGAAUAAAGGAGGGAGGUGGCAGUUUUGAAAAAGUUCACAGGAUUGUGAGAGAAAGAAGAGGGGUUUGGGGGAAAGAGCGAGGAGCAACAUUUCACCUUCGACUGUAAAAGGAAGGCUUUUUAUCAACGCCAACGAAGAAUGCAAAGGGCUCAAAGCUGCACUGUGAUGUAUGAAAAAGAAAUCCUCCGUUUUUGGGGGGUUGGAAGUACUCCAGGCCACACAUCAUGCAAAUACAACACUCCUUUCAGUGGUUUAGUUUUGUGGCCGUGCGAGAAAGGGUUGAAGCAGUCAAGUUGUUCCUGGCAGAGAUGGGCAACUUUUUGUUUGUUUUUUUUCGCAAUUGAAUCCCAAGAGUUCAUCCAGCCUUCCUUUGAUCUCUUUGCACUCAUUUCCUGUUGGCUCUUCAGUUGCAGAGGUGACUACGACAUGCCAGAGGUGGGUUUCAGCAGGUUCUGACCAGUUCUGGAGAACUGGUAGCGGAAAUUUUGAGUAGUUCGGAGAACCGGUAGUAAAAAUUCUGACUGGCCCCGCCCCCAUCUA